AUGUUUUCAAAGGCUAAAAGAUUUGAACCAAUUGCUCCUGUGAAGAAUCAACACAAGUUGGUACCACCAAAAGAAGAAAAAGUAGUCAAGAAAUCUGUAACCCUCAAGCCCAAAGUAACACCACUUUCUACACCUAAGAAACAUUCAGACACUCAUUCACAAUGUAGCUCUGUACAGAGCCUUAAAUCAUUUGUGACUCCAAAACCCUUAAAGUCAGUGAUAAAAAGUACAAGUACUCAAAAAAUAAGUGCAUUGCCUAAAUCAACUGCCAAAAAAGUAACUACAGUGUCUCAUUCUCCUAACAACCUAACGCUCCAAGAUGAUCUUAUAAAGGCCCAUGAAGCUGAAAUAAGAAACAAAGAUUACACCAUUUUAGAAUACAAUAAACAAAUUGAAGAUCUAAAAAUUCAAACUGCCAGUUUGAAAAAAGUCAUUAAACAAGUGUCUAAUGGAGAUAUUAAUAUAGAAUCACUAAUUAAAAACUUCAAUGAUUGUACUUUGCAAAAUGAAGAGAAAAGUAAUUCUACAGAUGAUUUAAAAAAUCAAAUUUAUGAAUUAGAACAACAAUGUAGUUUAUUAGGCCAUGAAGUGAAUCAUAAACAAAUAGAACUAGCAUCUCUCGAGGAAUUAAUAACUAUAAGAGAUAGCUUGUGCUCCGAUCUACAAAAGAAACUUUCUGAUACAGAAUCAUGUUUAGAGGAGACAAAACAAAGAUUAGAAAUGGUUAAGGGGCAUCAUGCCCUAGCCCUGGAAGCAAAUGAAAGUAUUAGAAGGGAAUAUAAACUUGAAUUAGAGACACUCAAAGCCAAAAUAGAUGAAGAAAAACAAAGUAUAAUUAGCAAAUGCAAAGCGGACCAGGAAAACACAAAAAAUAAAUUUAAUAUAGCCAUAGAGACUAUCAAAAAUGAAUUGGCAAAGGAGAAAGAUGAGAAAAUUUAUGAAUUGACAAAUAAAUUAUUUGAUAAAGAGAAAGAAAUGAAGGCUAAACUGGAACAAAUUGAUGAGGCUACUCGAGAAAAGUUAAAAUUGUGUGAAAUACAGUUCGAGGAGCGCACCAGCAACAUUCAAGAGUCUCUGGAGCAACAACAGAAGGAGCUGUACGAAUUGCAUGAUGAAGCUAAAAAUCUUAAAGCUAAUUUAACUGCGACUGAAGAGAAAUGCAAUGCAUUACAAAAAGAGUUAGACAAAAUAAAAGACGAAAAUGAAACAAUGAAUAACGAAAAAUUAAAAGCAGUCCGAGAAUUGGACGAACUGAGAGAAGAGAACAAAUUGAAAACAAUAGAAUUUGAAAAUGAAAUCAAUAGGUUGACAGUCGACGUAGACAAAGCUGUGAAGGAGAAGAGUAAAUUUGAACUAUCGUUAUCCGUGACGCGCGACAUUGUCCAAGUGCUGACCAUGCGUCUACGGGAGUCUGACAACGAAUUGGAGCAUUUGGAAAAUCAGGUUCAGUCAUUGACAAAUUCAAAGGAAGUCUUGGAAGAGGAACUGACAUCGUAUAAAAAUACUCUAAACAAUGCGGUGAUGGAAUGCAACGAGUACAAAGAAGCAUUAGUCAACAUAUUGAAAUCCAAAGCGGCUCUUGCCAAAGAGCAUAAUCGUAUCAUGGAACACAACGUGACCCUGAUUGAGAGUUUGCAGAAUGUGGAAAAGGAGGCCUAUCGUGAAUUGGGCUCUAUCAAGAGUGAAUUGAUUGAAGAUGUCGAACUGAUCAAGAAGGAAUCCAAUUCACAAAUCAAAUUGCUUCGUGAUGAGGUGGAAAAGAAGCGUAUGCUCUGCGAGCUGGCGACGGAGCACGCCGGUCAGGCGAGCGCGGCCGCCGAACAGUCCCGACUUUUGUUGGGUCAAGCGGCCUCCGAGAUCACCCGCCUCGAGAACGAAAACCAUUGUCUUCAGCAACAGAUUCAAGAUCAACAAUCACUGGUGGUCGAACUCUCCCUUCUUCGCCAAGAAAACGAAGAGUUAACGAUGAAUAUCGCGAAGCAGACGUCUUUACUCGACAAAAUGAAGAAGGACGCGGAAGUCAAACCCAAGUCGCCCUUGGCCAUUCGCAAAUCGCAGAAAAUUGGCAAAGAAAAUGUUCAAAUUAUUUCUCCACUUAGAGAGAGAAAUCAUUAA